AUGAGCACUCAUGUUUCGCUGUUCGGUUCGUUCUUUCCUGUCUGCUGCUGUUGCUGCCUGCUGUUCUACUGCUGUCACCCCUCUUGCUGCUGCUGCUGCUGCUGCUGCGUUGAUCCGCCGCCGCCGGAGACCGACCUUGGAAUAGAGGGUCUCCUGGCCCAGCUCGCGGUGCUGCCGUUGCCGUCCACGGCAGUGCAACAGCAGCUGCAGCAGCAACAGCAGCUGCAGCAGCAGCAGCAACUGCAGCAGCAGCAGCAACUGCUGCAGCAGCAGGUGCAGCAAGAACAGCAGAAGGUGCUUCGGGAGCGACUGCAGCAGCAGCAGGUACUGCUGCAGCUGCAACAAGACUUCUCAUUUUUGUUCAGUUCCUUCCCCGUGGGGGGCAUUGGCUGCCCCCCAGGACUCAGCCCAGGGGCCCCUCCCUUUGUAAGUUCUAGCGGCAGCAGCAGCAGCGCUGCUGCUGGGGAUUGCCGUCUAGAUUCUAGAGGGCCUUGUUCUUUGCUUCGCGUUUCAGAGGUCCCCGGGGCCCUCCCGGGCGAGUGGAAGAGCAGCAGCAGCAGCAGCAGCAGCUGCAGCAGCAGCAGCAGCAGCAGCCCGGCCGGGGCGCACAACCCCAGUUCUGCUUCGAGCGCCUCUUCCUGCCCGCAAAUCAACAGCAUUCCACAAAAGGAGGCCCCAGAGGCCCCUUCGCCAGAUCAGUCUUGCUUCAGGUGA